GGCCAAUGUUGGACAAACGUGACUGUUGUACCACCCAUUAUCGCAGCGGAUGUGGAUACCGACAUGAAAUUCUUCUCUUUUUUUUACAAUCCUUAAUAGAUAAUCUUUUUUUAAUCCUCAACUUAAUAUCAAUACACGAUGGGUAAAGGUAGACGAUCAUAUACCAUUAACACCCCAGCUUUAAGCUUGACACCGCCUCGGUCGUCGGCCGACCAUUCGUUCAGCAUUUCACCGCCCGAUUUCUUAAAUUCCAACCUCCAGAAUGACAAACUCCAGCCUUUGACCCCCGAAUUCAAAACCACUGCCGCUCAAAGACGUAAUUCCGUUGCUCAACAAAAGAAAUACGAUGACCUCGAACAUAAGCUGGAAGCAACACCCCUAUAUGUUCUCAUCUGUACCUAUCUCAACUACUUUUUGCUCAUCUGCUUUGGUCAUUUACGUGACAUAUUGGGCAAGACAUUCAAGCGCCACGAAUAUAAGCAUCUUUUGAUGAAUAAGGGUUACGCUGCAUUGGUAUCCGACUUUGACUCCUUCUAUACUCGUCGUUUGUAUAUCAGAAUUCGUGAUUGUUGGAAUAGACCUAUUACUGGUGUUGCUUCUCGCACCGUUCAACUAUUGGAGAGAGAGAGCCCUGAUUAUAAUAGAACUUUUAGGUAAUUUUUCUCUCUUACUUUCAUUCCCUUAUUUAAAACCGCCCGCCUCGCCCUGCUGCAUACUAGGAGUUGGUUCAACCCCGGAGUUUCCUAUUAUAUGCACAUAUUCUUAUAUCCUAACAAUUCCUUUGUCUGG